CUGACGCUGGCGCUGGUCGGCGUCGUGGGGCUGCUGGCUCUGGUGGGCUUCAACAGGCUGUUCCUGCUGUUCCACCUUAUCAGCUUCAGCAACGACUUCUGGAUGCUGGAUCCGCGCCGCGACUACCUCAUAGCGAUGUUCCCGCAAGGGUUCUUCUUCGAGGCUACGAUGCUGAUUGCGUUCUGCACGAUCGCGGCUGCGGCCGUGCUCGCCGUUGCGCCGCGCAUCGUUCGCAUAGUCGCCCCGUGGAUUUAUAACCCGAUAAACACACCCCAUGGCGACAGCGGCUAG